GUGAGUGUGUGUGUGUGUGUGUGAGUGUGUGUGUGUGAGAGGAAGACAGGGGGGAGAAAAGAAAAAGAGCGAGAAACGGAGAAAGAGAGGGAUUUGGGUUGCAGUUUGGUGUAGAUCUGAGCAGAGACACGGCAGCUCUAUCCAGCCCCGGAUUGAUCCUCCUCGCCUAGUUUCGUGUCGCAUGGAUGUUUUGUUGGGAUUUAACGAGAGAGAAAGAGAAAAAAAGUGCACUGACAUCUCUAGAAGACGGCAAAAGGAUCCUCACUUCUUGUGCAUUUUCUUGGGAUUAAAUCGCACCGAAGUAGGCUACCUCAUGCUCCCCGCGCCGGCUCUUAAAAGUAGACGUGAGCGCGUUUAAAGUCGGGAACUGUUCGAGCCGCGUCCGCGCUUCAAGGCGACUACGCUUGGAUAAUGUUCCUCAGCAUAUUAUGUUAUGUUAUUAUGCACUCUGUCUGCUUCAUUCGUUCGUGACAAAAGCAUAAGCAGUCCAUUCCGCAGCGAUCCUGGAUAAGAAGCCGCAGUUAUUUACAGCACAAACCAGCUAAAAUGCAUGCCUUUUAAUCGGGAAUGCUGCAGUGCAUUUGUGUCGUGGUUUUGUUGUAGAUGCAACAAAAUCGCCUUGAGUCUGAUGCUGCGGCUUUUGCCACCAAUGCUCGUCAGUCGGCUGUGCAUGCAUUGCACGGCAUUUCAGUAUCAUUGAUGUUUUGCAACGACCGGAGAAGUAUCAGUAGUAGUAUUAUAUCCGCACAAGAUUAAAGAGAAAGGAAGAAAAAAAACCUUCUAGAUAUUCAAGGUGUCGUAUGUUCAGGACGAAACGCUCAGGUCUUGUGCGGCGACUCUGGAGAAGCCGUUUGAUCCCAGAUAAAGAAGGGGAACAUGGAAAUGGCAAAAGUAGUGAGGGCUGUCGGGACGAUCUGUGCGGCUACAACCCGGAGAAAAUUCCCAAAACGGAGUUCAGACCGAUGACCCCGAGCGGGUCUCUGGUGGGGGACAGAGGCUGCGUGGCGGGGGCCACCACGGGGGCCACCACGGGGGCCACCACGGACCAAGAUGCGGGCGCGCCGUGCGCCCCGGAGCAGGGCAGCCCCCGCUCCGUGCAGGACAGCGAGUGCAGGACAGUAACGUGCUGCUUGUUUAAAGACCGGGACCACUCCGAGCUCAGGGGCCCAGACACGGCCCGGGGCCCCGGGGAUCCAGGGUCCUGCCACAGUCUCAUGCUGAGCAGCAGCCUCGGACCGGGGGGACCGGGGGACUGCGGCUCCGCCGAGGCGCAGGACGCAGCGAUGCCGCGCACGCUGCUGGAGCAGGAACUGAAGUCGGCCACAUACUCUCUUCUCAAAAGACUCAAGGAAAAGGCGCUGGAUACCUUACUGGAGGCGGUGGAGUCCAGGGGAGGGAUGCCGAGCGACUGCGUUAUGAUUUCCAGGACGGAGCUGAGGCUGGGCGGACAUGUGGCGUCCCCGCAGCUGCUGGUGUGCAGAGUGUACCGGUGGUCCGACCUGCAGCACUCGGCUCAGCUCAAACCGCUCUGUGAGUGUAAGAGCUUCGGGGCCCCGGACAGUCCAGCGGUGUGCUGCAACCCCUAUCACUACAGCCGGCUCUGUGGGCCAGAGUCACCUCCACCUCCAUAUUCGAGGCUUUCCCCUAAUGAAGAACACAAGCCACUGGAUCUGUCUGACUCCACACUAUCGUACACUGAAACCGAGGCAGCGAGCUCACCAAACAUCACACCGGGGGAAUUUUCAGAUGCCAGCAUGUCACCUGAUGCCCCUAAGCAGAGCCACUGGUGUAACGUGGCAUACUGGGAGCACCGCACUCGCGUGGGCCGCCUCUACACGGUGUACGAGCACUCCGUCAGCAUCUUCUAUGAUCUACCUCAGGGCACAGGCUUCUGCCUGGGCCAGCUCAACCUGGAUCACCGCAGCAGCACCGUUCAACGCACUCGAGGUAAAAUCGGCUACGGUAUCCUCCUCAGCAAAGAGCCGGACGGCGUUUGGGCAUAUAACCGCAGUGACCACCCCAUAUUUGUAAACUCCCCCACUCUGGAUGUGCCUAACAGCAGAACUCUGGUUGUGCGAAAAGUGAUGCCAGGCUACUCCAUCAAGGUGUUUGACUAUGAGCGCUCCUGCCUCCUCAGGCACACCACAGACGCCGACUUCCUGGAUGGACCUUAUGACCCGAACAGUGUGCGCAUCAGCUUUGCAAAGGGCUGGGGCCCCUGCUACUCAAGACAGUUCAUCACAUCCUGCCCCUGCUGGCUGGAGAUUCUUCUCAACAACCAUAGAUAACACAAACGGACCCAACAAACUAUCCCAAAUAUCAUCUACCUAGAUUUAAUAUAAAGUUUUAUAUAUUAUAUGAAAAAUAUAUUAUACUUGUAAAUACUGAGUCAUUUUUACAAUGUAACUAUUUAUGUAUGGUGCAAUGUGUAUAUUGACAAGAGGAAAAAAAACGGAAAAUGCACUUUGGCUACAUAUAUAUACAUAUAUAUGUAUAUGUACAUACAUAUAUAUAUAUGUGUAUAUAUAUAUAUAUAUAUAUAUAUAUAUAUAUAUAUAUAUAUAUAUAUAUAUAUAUAUAUAUAUAUAUAUGUGAGAAUCUUUCAAUACCAAUUUGAGAAAUUAUACAGCAAAAUUAGGAUGAGCCUGGAUUUGGUGUAUAGUUUUCAUAUACUAUUAAUAUCCAGACAAAAAGCUAACACCAUUCACACAUUGAUAAUAAAGUAUUCGUAUAAUGCAUAA